AUGUCCGGAAGGAACGCCCCUCGCUCGAAGAAGGGCUGCAGUACCUGCCGCCGACGCAAGGUAAAAUGCGGCGAAGAGCGUCCUGUCUGUCGUCGCUGCCUCAACUUACGUCUCGGCUGUGAGUGGGGAGUUCCCGUGAAGCGUGGCCGGAAUGCGCAAAUCCGCAAUCUCCAGCCGGCGGCUCCUCGCGCCCCCGAUCUCGCAGCAUGGCCGCUCCCCGAGACGAGCGAUUUCUUCCCGGUCGACGUGGGAGAUUUCCAGCCGGACGUCUUCUUGAAUGGCCUGUCGCCCAUUUCCUUCGCCGGCAGCACGACUCCUAUAGAGACGCAGGUCACCCCCUUCUAUCCGCCGGUCGCGUCCCCGGCCCGAAUCCCCACUCCUCUUUACCCGGCGUUGACGGCACCCGAGCUCGCUUGCGCCAACUCCCUGACCCUCACCGAACAUGACCAGAAAUACUUCCAAUACUUUCCGUCGUCGUCCAUUGUCUAUUACUACAUGAAAGGAUGGAAUUGGAGCAGCUUUUGCUUUCUAUACCAAGGUCCCGCUGCCACCAACAAGGUGAUCAUGCGGAUGAUUCUGGCGCUGUCUGCCAGUGACAUGCAUCGGAAUGGGUUGGUCGUGCGAUCGCCGGGACGACCGACAGCGGAGGACCACGGGCGAUAUCACUACAGCCUGGCCGUCAAAGAGUUCCGGCAGCUGCUUGAGACGCCGCGGCGACAGGUUUCUAUUGGUGAAUUGGAGAUGAUCUUUGCGACUAUGUUUCUCAUGAUCACAUACGAGUGGCAGUUUGGCCAUUCGGUCCGCCAUCUCCAGCUUCAUCUGCAUGGGGUCCGCUCCCUCCUGGAAUCACAUCCUCAGCUGUUCCGCAUCAAAGAUGUGAACGACGUGUUCUUAUCCUCGGAACGUGGCGAUCCAGCCGAAGAAGGAGCCGUCACCAAUGUCUCCUUUAUCCCGGAGCAGUUCCUUCUCUGGAUACUGUAUAUCGAUGCCAGCUGCCGGCCCAUGGGCUUGACCGAGUCCUUGUACGACUACGUAAUGCAAUCGGGGAAUCCAGCUUUGAGUCCGGAUCAUCUCCACCGGUGUGCUCGUCUCUGGGGACGAUGCUUCUGGGGCGAGCAGUAUCCGGACCAGGAGGUGUUGGAUGACAUUGAGAAUUAUCGGGCGCUCGAGCUCUUGCACGUCGGCUUCUGUCUACGCUAUCAGACGUGGCGGGCACUCGUGGAUGCUGGUUCUGACAGCGCGGAUACCCCCGACUCCAUCUUCCGGGAGAUCGUUGCCUCGCGGGAGAAAUACUCCGAUCUCUUCAUCACGGCCAAAUUUGCCGGGGCCGUCUCCGCCCGACGCACGCUCAACACCAUUUACAUGGCCGUUUGCACUUUCUAUGCUCAGACCCUCCUCCAUCACCGGCUCCUGUGCGUGGACAGUGGACCCGCGUCCAUCCAUCGGCAAGCCACGACUGGCAUCGUGGACAUUGCCCGCAAGCAAUACGCGUCGGAUCCGAAACUUUUGCGUCGACUGCAUUGGCCGUUGCUGAUGGCCGUCAUCGAGACCGAUGACGCGAACCAACGGACGUGGCUGCGACAGCGCUUGUUCGAUCUGCGCAAUUUCCACUCGGAAUACGUGUGGGCCAACGAUGUGGCCGACCAAAUCUUAGCUCAACAAGAGGUGAGCCAGGGUCAGCGUGUCAAUCUGGCCGAGGUGCUACUCCAGCGGCUUCAUGCGCAAUGA